AUGGAGGAAGAAAAUUCACUGUCUCUGAGUGGCCGAGAAAGUUCAGUGAUAGAAGUUGAAGAAUUGCAGCAAUCUUCAUCAUCCGAAUGGUGCAUUGAUUCCGAAAUACGUCUUUUCAAAAAACUCUUAUCUCAUAAACCAGCAGGUAUUUCAAAACAUUUUCAUAUGGGUUGUCUUGUUGAUUACAUGAAUAACGUUUAUGAGGACGAAGAUACCGAUUUUGAGGAUGUUUUAACAUCAGAAGAUUUACAUGAACUUACUGCCAAAAGAAAUACUACAGGAAGGCCGCGUGUUUUUAAACCAAGAUAUAAAAUAAGACCUAGCGCUGAAUUGAUUUGGGAAAAAUUAGAAAACAUGUAUGAUAUGAAAGAGAUUGAGAAAAAUGAGGCAAUACCAGAUGGUUUGUUGGAACAAUCGGAAUUCUGUUUGCCAGAAGAUGAUUUCGGUGAUUUGUUACGCAAGAAAGAUGAGCUGAACAGAAGUUUUGUUGCUCCUCAAACUAGUGGUAGUCAAUCGACUUUACGGAGAAAGCAGCGGGAUUCGGCUCUUCUAGUCGCUGCAUGA